AUGAAGUUUUUCACCUCCACACAAACUGUGGUGUCAGAAGUGAAGUAUUCCACCUCCACACAAACUCUGGUGUCAGAAGUGAAGUAUUCUACCUCCACACAAGCUCUGGUGUCAGAAGUGAAGUAUUCCACCUCCACACAAACUCUGGUGUCAGAAGUGAAGUAUUCUACCUCCACACAAGCUCUGGUGUCAGAAGUGAAGUAUUCCACCUCCACACAAACUCUGGUGUCAGAAGUGAGGUAUUCUACCUCCACACAAACUCUGGUUUCAGAAGUGAGGUAUUCCACCUCCACACAAACUCUGGUGUCAGAAGUGAAGUAUUCCACCUCCACACAAACUCUGGUGUCAGAAGUGAAGUAUUCUACCUCCACACAAACUGUGGUGUUAGAAGUGAAGUAUUCCACCUCCACACAAACUCUGGUGUCAGAAGUGAGGUAUUCCACCUCCACACAAACUCUGGUGUCAGAAGUGAAGUAUUCUACCUCCACACAAACUCUGGUGUCAGAAGUGAAGUAUUCCACUUCCACACAAACUGUGGUGUCAGAAGUGAGGUAUUCCACUUCCACACAAACUCUGGUGUCAGAAGUGAAGUAUUCUACCUCCACACAAACUCUGGUGUCAGAAGUGAAGUAUUCCACUUCCACACAAUCUGUGGUGUCAGAAGUGAGGUAUUCCACUUCCACACAAACUCUGGUGUCAGAAGUGAGGUAUUCCACUUCCACACAAACUCUGGUGUCAGAAGUGAAGUAUUCCACCUCCACACAAACUCUGGUGUCAGAAGUGAGGUAUUCUACCUCCACACAAACUCUGGUGUCAGAAGUGAAGUAUUCUACCUCCACACAAACUGUGGUUUCAGAAGUGAGGUAUUCUACCUCCACACAAACUCUGGUUUCAGAAGUGAGGUAUUUCACCUCCACACAAACUGUGGUUUCCAGAAGUGAAUUAUUCCACCUCCACACAAACUCUGGUGUCAGAAGUGAAGUAUUCUACCUCCACACAAACUCUGGUGUCAGAAGUGAGGUAUUCUACCUCCACACAAACUCUGGUGUCAGAAGUGAGGUAUUCUACCUCCACACAAACUCUGGUGUCAGAAGUGAAGUAUUCCACCUCCACACAAACUCUGGUGUCAGAAGUGAAGUAUUCCACCUCCACACAAACUCUGGUGUCAGAAGUGAAGUAUUCCACCUCCACACAAACUCUGGUGUCAGAAGUGAGGUAUUCUACCUCCACACAAACUCUGGUGUCAGAAGUGAGGUAUUCUACCUCCACACAAACUCUGGUGUCAGAAGUGAAGUAUUCCACCUCCACACAAACUCUGGUGUCAGAAGUGAGGUAUUCCACCUCCACACAAACUCUGGUGUCAGAAGUGAAGUAUUCCACCUCCACACAAACUCUAGUGUCAGAAGUGAAGUAUUCCACCUCCACACAAACUCUGGUGUCAGAAGUGAAGUAUUCCACCUCCACACAAACUCUGGUGUCAGAAGUGAAGUAUUCCACCUCCACACAAACUGUGGUGUCAGAAGUGAAGUAUUCUACCUCCACACAAACUCUGGUGUCAGAAGUUAA